UGUUCCUGGUUCCUUAAUCUGAUAUUUAUCUGACAGUAGGUAAACCAGCAAUUGUAGAUAUAAGUAGUUUGGCUUCUUGGUAGUCGGUUCUUGGCCUAAGAAAGCUCUUUUAUUCAAAGAAAGAAGCAGCAAAACGGGAAAAUCAGCUUUUAAGGCAUCAUGAUGUGGAUGAAUGGUACAAGUCUCUAUACCAGAUUUCUUAUGUGGCUUCUUCUCCUGUAUAUGUUCAUCAGGAAAGUAAUGCCUGAAGAUAACAUCAUUACAACGAAGCAAGGUAGAGUCAGAGGGACGAAUCUGCAAGUACUGGGGGGAACUGUGACAGCCUUCCUUGGAAUACCUUAUGGACAACCGCCCAUUGGUAGACUGAGAUUUCAAAAACCAGAACCUCGUGAGAAGUGGUCAGAUAUUUGGGAUGCCACAAAGCACGCGAACUCUUGUUACCAGCUUAUAGAUACAACUUACCCAGGAUUUCCUGGAACAGAGAUGUGGAAUCCGAAAACUAAUCUCAGUGAAGACUGCCUGUACCUUAAUGUAUGGAUUCCUUCUCCCAAACCUAAGAAUGCAACUGUCAUGGUGUGGAUAUACGGCGGUGGCUUUGAGAGUGGAUCGACUUCCUUACCUGUGUAUGAUGGCAAGUUUCUGGCCAGGGUAGAAAGGGUCAUUGUAGUUUCCAUGAACUACAGGACAGGUGCAUUAGGAUUUUUGGCUUUGCCGGGAAACCAGAAAGCUCCUGGAAAUGCAGGUUUAUUUGAUCAAAGAUUGGCACUUCAGUGGGUUCAGGAGAACAUAGCGGCAUUUGGAGGCAAUCCAAAAAGUGUGACUAUAUUUGGAGAGAGCGCUGGCUCGGCUUCUGUCAGCUACCAUAUCCUUUCUCCUAAAAGUCAUCCUUUAUUCACAAGAGCCAUCAUGCAAAGUGGAUCUGCAAAUGCCCCUUGGGCUGCCAUUACAGCAUCUGAAGCCAGAAACAGAACAGUGGCUUUAGCUAAAAAACUCCAGUGUCCCACCAGCAACGAGACAGAGCUAAUUCUCUGUCUCCAGGACAAAGACCCAAAGGAUAUACUGGAGAAUGAAGUUUUUGCUGUAACACAUAAGUCUCUUCUAAACAUAUAUUUUUGUCCUACUGUGGAUGAUGAUUUUCUCUCAGAUAUGCCAGAAACAUUGAUUCAGAAUGGUCUUUUCAAACAAACACAGAUCUUGGUUGGUGUGAACAAACAUGAAGGGUCAGAGUUUCUAGUAUAUGGAGGAGUCCCUGGUUUCAGUAAGGAUAAUGAUAGCUUGAUAAAUAAAACAGAAUUUGAAGCAGCUUUAACUAUGUCCUUCCCAGAAGCAAGCCAGCUUGCAAUAGAAUCAAUUAUUUUUCAGUACACAGAUUGGGAAAAUGAACAAAAGCCAGAACAUUACCGCGAUGCCAUGGUUGAUAUUCUUGGUGACUACAAUAUAAUAUGUCCUGCACUGGAAUUCACAAAAAAAUUUGCACAAGUAGGACAUAAAGCAUUCUUUUAUUUCUUUGAACAUCGAUCCUCAAAGCUCCCUUGGCCAGAGUGGAUGGGGGUAAUGCAUGGUUAUGAGAUCGAGUUUGUGUUCGGAUUGCCCCUAGAAAGAAGAGUGAAUUACACCAAAGCUGAAGAAACUUUAAGCCGAUCCAUGUUGAGAUACUGGGCAACAUUUGCAAAAACUGGAACUCCAAAUGGGACCUUGACUAAUGGAACGAUAUGGCCAGUCUUCACUACUACUGAACAAAAAUAUUUGACAUUAAACACCAACACUUCAGAGAUACUGACAAAGUUACGUGCUCAGCCUUGUCGAUUCUGGAAUGUUUUUUUUCCUAAAGUCCUGGAAAUGACAGAAAACAUUGACGAAGCAGAACGAGAGUGGAAAGCAGGAUUCCAUCGUUGGAACAAUUACAUGUCAGACUGGAAAAAUCAAUUUAAUGAUUACGCUAGCAAGAAGGAGAGAUGUGCAAGCUCUAAUUAAUAUGUUUACCCUUUCCAGUAUGUCUGUAUCACUGUUCAUCAAGUCAAAUAUACAGGUAGCUUUCUAACACAUCUAGCAUUAAAUGUGUUAUGCAGAUCAAGAAAAUGUUAUGGAUAUAAUUUUGAUUCCCCAGAUCUUUCAUUUAUAUUUUACCUCAUAUCUAAAUAAACAAUAUAAGGCAUC